AUGUCGAAUUCUACUAAAACGCGCGAUUCCGCUCUCAAUGCCAUUAAACGGUAUAUGGCAAAAAGUAUUGAUGAGGCAUUCACUAUGGAUGCAGAGAAUAUUGCAAGCUACCUUCAGUUAUUGAGUGAACAGUGGGUUCGUUUUAACGUUGCUCAAGACGCUGUAGAAAUUACUUGUGGUGCCGAUGUUAUUGAAAUUGAAGAAAAUGUGCGUAUCCAAGCCGAGACUUGGUACUCUACAACUUCAGCUAACUUUAACCGCGUGAAAAAUUGUCGUACUAAAUCGCAAGAUAGCUCCACAAAGGCAUCUGUGUCCGCGGUUAUACGUUUACCGAAAAUGGAGUUGCCCACAUUCUCCGGUGACUCUACAGAAUGGAUUGGUUUUUUCGACGCGUUUUCUUCGUUAGUUGAUAAUAACUCUGCUUUAUCAGAUGGACAAAAGUUGCACUAUCUCCGAAGCUGCUUGAAAAAUGACGCGUUGAAAAUUAUCAGUGGUUUUAAAAUAUGUGACGCAAAUUACGUUGAAGCUUGGGGUCUAUUAACAUCGCGGUAUAAGGUUAUUCGUGUAAUUGUGGAAUCUCAUCUUCGCGCGUUGGCUGAAAUUAAAAGGGCUACGCAUGACAAUGCUGACGCAAUCAAAGGUGUAAUUGAUGCAUUCCAACAGCAUAUUUGCGAGCUUAAAGCGUUGGGUCGUCCGAUUGAUUUUUGGGAUGAUUGGUUGGUACAUGAGGUCGUCAGUAAGUUGGCAUUCGAAACGCGUAAGCAGUGGGAGUUAUCGCUCGUUAGUGAUGAUCCUCCAUCUUUUGAGCAACUAAUAACAUUUUUAGAGAUAAGAUGCCGAUCGUUAUCGAUGUUUUCGUCGUCAACAACAUCAGUACCAAUUAAGGUUAAAACUGCAUCAGCAAGCAAGUCGACAAAUGUGUUCCACGCGGUAUCAAAACAAAGUAACGUGUGUGCAUAUUGUAGUGGACCUCAUAAAAUUUACAGUUCUGAAAAAUUUCGUGAAUUGGACUUGUCCACAAAAUCACAGUUCGUGAAGCAAGGUCGCAUAUGCUUCAACUGCUUAAGUUCAGGUCACUAUAAAGACCGUUGUAACAGUGCUUCCACUUGCCGCAUGUGUAAACAACGUCAUCACACUCUGUUGCACGGUGCUUUGCAGUCAACGACCGUUCCCGCAGUGAACAAUUACAUCGGCAACGCGACGCAUUCGUUAUGCGUUGCUGACGCAACAUCAAAGGUAAGCGCAAAAACUUUUGAACUUCCAGCAAGCGUCGACGUUCCACGCGUUUCUUCAUGCUUGAACUCGAGCUCCAAUCCACCCAUAGCUGUAGAAAGAGUUGUGCUGUUAUCCACCGCAUUAGUGAAGGUACGCGACUGUUCUGGUAAUUGGCAGCCCGCACGUGCACUUUUCGAUUCUGGAUCACAUGCUUCCUUUGUGACUGAAGCGUGUGUGCAACGCUUAGGCCUGCCGCGAUCAACAUCUGAAGUUAACAUUACUGGAAUUGGGUCAGCGCAAGGAGGACGAGCUAGAGGUGAAGUAUCACUUUCUCUUUCUUCUUUCUCUACAAAUCAAUGCUUUACUGUCAAAACGUUAAUUCUGUCUAAAAUUACAAGCGACUUGCCAACACAGACUAUAACUACUUCAUCGUGGCCACAUAUCCGAGGUUUGUUUUUAGCCGAUCCCCAUUUUAUGAAGCCUGGACGGGUCGAUAUAUUGAUUGGAAUGGACGUUAUGGAUCAACUGAUCUGUACAGAACUUCGUAAGGGUCCAUCUGGAGCUCCUAUGGCUCAACUGACGGUCUUUGGGUGGACUCUAUUUGGAAGCGUGAAUGGAUCUGAGCCUGAUAUGCUACGCUUACAGUCGUUACAUUGCGAUGUUCAUUUGGAUCGAGCAUUGAACAAGUUAUGGGAGUUAGAGGAAGCUCCGCAAAAAACGUAUCUUACGCAUGAGGAGCGUUACUGUGAAGACCAUUUUGAAACAACGCAUCGAAGGGAACCUAACGGACAGUUUGUCGUCGAAUUGCCGCUGAAGCCCGAUGUAGCUCUGGGAGAGUCGCGAAACUUUGCUAUCCGGAAUUUGUUACGACUUGAAAGAAGACUCGCUUGUGACUCCGAUCUUCGUUUACGCUACAAUGAAUUCAUGAAUGAACUCAUUGACAUGAAACAUAUGCAGGUCACGUCAGAUACUAUGAAUCCAACGUAUUAUAUGCCUCAUCAUCCUGUUUUAAAGGAAAGUAGUACCACGACCAAAUUUAGAGUUGUAUUUAACGCGUCCGCAAAAUCAACUUCCGGAAAUUCGCUGAAUGACGCAUUAUUUAUAGGACCUCAAUUGCAGGAAGAUUUAUACUCCAUCUUACUUCGCUUUAGAACACACCGCUAUGCUGUAACAGCAGAUGUCGCCAAAAUGUAUCGUCAAAUCUGCGUAUCCUUAAAACACGCCGAUUUGCAACGCAUCGUAUGGCGUAGCCACCCAUCCCUGCCUAUCCAAGAUUUUCGCAUGGUUCGCGUAACGUACGGAGUGGCAGCUGCAUCUCAUCUAGCUGUCCGAUCACUUCAACAGACGGCAAGAGAUUCGUCGAAUGGUUGUGCUAUGGCUGUUAGUGUUAUUCUCAAGGAUUUUUACAUGGAUGAUCUACUUACUGGUACAUCUAGUAAAGAAGAACUUCGAUUGUUGCAGCAAAAUAUUUCCAAGCGCAUGUUUCUAUCAGAUGCAAGUACGCUCUUCGAUCCUCUGGGCCUGCUUGCUCCCGCUACUAUAAAUUCAAAAAUUUGGUUUCAGGACAUAUGGCGCACUAAGGUAGGUUGGGAUGAUAUCAUUCCUGAGUCUAUCGCAACGAAGUGGUUGGAGCAUCGCAUAGAGCUCAAGCAAUUGGCACAUUUGAAGGUGAACCGUUGGUUUGGUACUGAAGUAGCUGGGUCAUUUACGCAAUUGCACGUAUUCGCAGACGCGUCCGAGCGCGCUUACGCCGCCGUCUUGUAUGCACGAACAACACAAAGCGACGGUAGCAUUACUGUGUCAUUAAUUUCGUCGAAAACCAAGGUAGCUCCGCUUAAGCCGACAACGUUGCCACGUCUUGAAUUAUGCGCCGCUCAUCUUGCUGCUAAACUAGUGCGAAGCGUGCUGCACUGCUGGUCUGAACUCCGUUAUCCGCUUUUCGCUUGGACUGAUUCUACUAUAACAUUGGCAUGGUUACAAGCUCACCCCAGCAGAUGGGUGACAUUUAUAGCCAACCGCGUAGCUGAUAUUCAAGAAGUUUUGCCUCCCGGAUGUUGGAACCACGUUCGUUCUGAACAGAAUCCUGCAGAUUGUGCUUCAAGAGGUAUAACUCCCUCCGAAUUAUUACGUCAUCAAUUGUGGUGGGCUGGUCCUAUUUUCCUGAAAAGCACUGAACAAUUAUGGAAGCAGAAAAAAUCUAAAGAGCACACUACAGAGCUGAGCAUACGAAAUAGUAUUCGUGCCCCUGUGACUAAUUCUAAAUAUUAUUAG